AUGAGACCUGAAGAGCUGAAGGCGGUGGUCGUCACGACUCUCUUGGCGCUGAUGGUCGUCCUCGCCUCUGCCUCCAAGCACGUGGUGAUCGAGGAAGACGACCACAACAACCUGCCGGCCUUCUCUGUCGCUCAGGGGGACGACCCGAAGGAGAAUGGGUAUCUCAAGGUCGACCUCGAGGCACAGGAGAUGAUCGACAAGACGUGUGAUUGUUACAACGAGUACCAGAUCGACUGCUUCGAGACGAUGAAGAUGUUCGGAGCCUUCAUCAUUUACGGAAUCUGUACCUCCGGACACACCACAGGACGACGGAGGAAACGGGCCAGGAGCGACGUCGAGGAGGACAACUUCCCCGCCACGCCCCCGCCCUUCUACCGCGACAACAGCUGCCGGAGCUCCUCGCCCAUCAUCUUCUCCUCGUCGGGCACGAAGGAGCGCCUCACCAUCGGCCAGGCCCCGUACCUCCUCAUCUGCAGGAACAGCAUCGGGCCGCAGCUUAAGUUCCUGACGGUGACGGGGGUGGAGAAGGUCGUGGUCUCGACGGGGGCGCUGAGGACGCGGACCACCAACGUCGUGGUGACCUUCUUGGACAUCGGGCAGAAUCUGACCAUUCGCGAGGGCGCCUUCUCGGUGCAGGCGGGCCCAGCGGGCGGCGGCGGCGGCAGCAGCGGACUGGAGAUCGACUCAGGGGGCUUUCCGCCGGUGGAGGUGGAGCUGAAGGUGACGGGCGUCCCCGGACUGGAGCUGAAGAGCAGGAGCAUCGUGGCCCCGAGGGUGGCCCUGGACGUGAAGCAGGCGCAGGUGCUGGUCUUGGGCCCCGACGCCGUCGUCCCCUUCGCUAAUCCGGACGCUUCCGGCCUCACGAUCAGCGACACGUCCAAAGCCGUGAUAGAGAGUCAGGCCAUGACCAUGGGCUUCCUGUUGAUCACAAACACAAAAAAGCUGUUCCUGAGGGACUCGGCCUUGAAGGUAGGGCCCCAGUACGGAGGAGAGGCGUCCCUGGAGCACAUCGAGUUCGCCCUGCUCGGGUCGGAGGCGCUGAGCCUCGGCCCCGACGUCCUCCUCACCAUCAACGACGUGACGAUCUGGGAGGCCGGAAGGAGAGCGAUCCACAACUUCAACUCGAGCGCCGGAGCCCUCACGAAGGUCGCGCUCACCGAGGUGCAGGGGGUGGGCCUCGAGAGGGGAGCCGUGUGCCUGGUGGGGAAGACGGCCAUCAUUUACCAGGUGCUCCUUAAGGACGGCGAAGGACGGCCAGCGGGCUGCAUCGAAGCCAGGUCCAUGCAUGGAAGCUUAUAUGAAGACAGUGAUAAUCAUGCAGUGGUUUGCGUGGCUCCUUCCACCUCUGACGUCCUGUGCAACAAUGACGAGUGUAUAUUCUGCAACCCUGACUUACCAGAAACAACAUCCGAGUCAACCAGCGUAACGCUCCCACUAAAGACUACGUUAGCAACUACUACAGAAGGAACCGACAGCCUGCCCUCAACCUCCCUCUUCACCACAACGACCACGGAGGAGGAAGUCCUACCGACCGAUGCCUCGCUGGUCCCGGCAUAUUACGAACACGACUACUCGUACGACACGUGGGAGAACGAGACCAUAACUUCCCCACCUGCAACUGCGACCCCUUUUACCUUCUUGGGAAUCCCUCUGUACCUGCUGAUCAUCGCCGUCUGCACCGCCACCAUUCUCCUUCUCCUCGUUACUUACUGCUUCUGGUCUUAUUACAGGAGCAAGAGAGAAGACAAGUACCGCCUGCCACGCGAGGGCCGUGAGACAACCUUCCACAACAAGGCCCCUGCUGCCCGUGCCAUCGCCACCUCCGAGCCCAUCUUCACCUUGGGAAAGCCACCCCACCCUACAGGAACCCCUCCCAAGGACAUGUACAUUUCCUUCCAGUUCUUCAAGCCUCCUGCAGGAAGCUCCUCGGAGGAACCCCAAGUCGUUCAGAAUGGUAGCAGAAACCCUUCCCAUGAGCAAGAACCUCUGGCAGGUCCUCCUCCAGCAGAAGAGAUCCCAGACGUGACGGAAGAAGAGAGUUUUGACGGCCAUGAAAGGGGUCACGCAGAUGGCGAGGAAGGGGUCGAAACUGCUCAACCCGCUGCACUGUGCACAGACGACGAGCCAAGACCGGAGAGUGAGGAUUCCUUACUGGCUGACCAGCUUCCACAGGAGAGAGACAAUGAAACCGAGUCACACGAGGCGAGCGAACAGACAGACCUUCCAGCAAGACAAGAGGAAGAAGAUGCAGCUAGUUUGUCCUCUGGUGAGAUUGAGAGCUCAUCCAAAUUCUAAAGGAAAAGAGGCACGAUACAGUUAUAAAGAUUGAUGUUAAGUGAAAUACAUAGAAACUUGGAAGAUGUUCAUGGAUUCUGAAAUGAAGUGCAAAAUAAUUUGCAAUUAUUGCCAAAAAUUAUGUGAAAAUGUAAGGUAAAAUCCAGUCAAUCA